UGCGAGUCGGGUGUUCACACUGAAAAUUCCAAAUAGGAAAAAGUACACUUUAAAUACCCGGAUGAUGCACUUACUAAACCGAAAAUACGAAGUGUGGAACUGCCGCAGCUUUAAUUAAGAGGGGAGGGGCUAUCAGAUUCCGUUGUUGAAUAAAAAAAAAUAACCAUAUAAAAUUCGUACACUACACGCUUGAGUACAUAUUGCGUCAUUUGGGACACAACUUAGUAUUUUGUUUCUUUCGUAAAUCCGCUAUUCUUCGCACUCGUAAAUUGUAUCCGCCGCAUACAACCCAGUAAACAAUAAAUAGGAAAAAUAUGAUUGGUAGAGACUGACUGUACGUCAUUUCCUGUUUAGCUAGCCGAAUGGCGGUGCAGGAAGUAGUUUCAAUACGGUUUGGUUACGAGUGUUGAUGUUUGUAGUUAUUGAGUUUCAGUAGUAGUUUGAAUUUGUUAUGUUUUGUGUGCAGAAAUAAAACGCAUUAGAUAGGUAAACAGAGGCUACUGGAUCUGAAACUUCUUUUACUCAGACGCUGGCGCCAUGUACCGAGGCUCUAGGCCGCACCGAGGCUCGUUUCCUCCGGCAGCGUCUCGCGGCUUUGCGCCCCGCGGCCCGCCUCCUGCCAGUUCAUUUCCUAGCGCUCCGUACCGUAGUGAGCACGCGCGAGACAGCAAUGGCUAUCCGCAUGGGUACCGUCGAAACCCGGAGCAUCCGAGGAGGCGCUAUUCAUCACCGGGACGAGGGUCUGCGGAUGAUUUCAGAGGCGAUGGGCCUCCUCCGAGAGACUACGCUCAUAGAUUUACUCCUUCACCCCCACAUAGUGGUCUCCCCACUGACCAUAGUCUUGUUAUAACUGUGGGCAACGAGUUGACCGGAUCGGAGGUUCCCUAUGCCAGAGAUUAUUCUCCACAUCGGUCAAGCUAUGAGGGCCACGAUGAGCAUAGUUCAAGAAGGCACAGUCAUAGGAAUAGGGGCUGGAGCCGCAGUCCAGACAGAAUUAACAGCAGAAGUCGUCCUCGCAGCAGGAGCCGUAGUCGUGCAGUGAGCCGCAGCAGGGCACUGAGCCGAGGACGUAGCAGACCACGCAGCAGGAGUAGGAGUAGGAGCCGGAGCAGGGGAAGGAGCAGAGCAAGGAGCAGGGCGAGGAGCAAGAGUAGACCACACAGCAGAAGCCGCAGCAAGGGACGGAGCAUGGGACGGAGCCAGAGCAGGGGCCAGAGCAGGGGUCGGAGCAGGGGACGGAGCAGGGGUCGGAGCCGGAGCUGCAGUGGCAGCAGCAGUAGCUGUAGCAGCAGCAGCAGAAAGAGCAAGAGAGAUAAGGAAGACUUUAGAGAGCUUGAGAGGGCUCGUCGACGUAAAGAACUGGAGGAUAUGUUAACGAUGCCCACUAAAUCCAUCUUGAAAAAGAGAGUUGACUCCUCUGAAACUGAUUCUCCUAUGAUCGGACAGAGUACUGACUCUCCACAAGGGACUUCAGGCAGUGGCCUUUCAAAGGAUGUGGAGCAGUUACUAUGCGCAGUGACUAAAAACAUGGACCCAGACUUACUGGCAUCAGUGUUGGCUCGAAAUUCUAAUACCAGUGCACUUGAAGAGCUCAUAAGCAAAUUACAGCCUACCAACGACAGUGGGCAUGGAUACGCUCUUCCUCUUGAAAGUAGCAGCCAGGAGAAUUCAGACCUCACCCAGCUUCUCAGUGUGAUGGUAGAGGCAGUAGCCCAACCACCAGACAAAAAGAAAAGCUUUGUAGAUAUUGAAGAUGAAGAGAAGUUCCUGUAUGGGGAUGAAGAAGAGGAAGACAAAUACCCAGUAAAAGAAAUUCCUAAACCUGGACAGUGUAACUUAUCGGAUGUCUAUGAGAAAACUGGACCUGAUGUGCUGUAUCAUGAACCAAAGACUGGAGUAGUACAUGAUUUACAUAGGAAAGAAUAUGGACAUUCUUACAGUCAGGGGCAUCCUGAAGAAGAUGAAGGUCAAAUAACUAAACAGAGCAAAUAUCGGGAUAAGCAUUUUUCUUCAGCCUCACCUGGGCAGCAUUUUGAUGAGACACCUCAGAGUAACCCACCAGUAACUGGGUCUCACGAUGCUCAAGUUAAGGCAGAAGUGGAGGAAUACGAGAAGAUACAAGACCUCCUUAAGACUAUUGGCCUUGACCUGGGCGUAGCUGAGAUCAGCAAGAUGGCUGCCAGGACGCAAGAGCGCCUCCAAGGGAAGAAUCCUGUGAAGUUGUCUGUCAAAAGGCACCAGUCUGAACGGAGACGCAGGAGCCACAGCAGGAGUUCCAGUAGCAACAGUAGGAGUAGGAGUACCAGCAGGGGAAGCAGUCGGAGCAGCAGCUAUGAGCACAUAUCAAGUCGUGGCAGGAAGAAGCCGCAUGUUCCUCUUGAAAGACAUUCAUCGCGAUCAGACAGUCAGAGUCAGAGGGAGGUCCGGUCAGGUACUAAAGCUGAAGAGAACCUGUGGACUAACACAGGUCCCCCGCCUCCUGAAGUUGUGAAUCCUGGAACAAAUAAUUUCCCAGCUCUCUCUGCCCAUCAGAUGCCUCCCUAUCCACAGCCACACACACGUGGAGUUAUGCCUCCCAACUACCCUCCCCCUGGCUAUGAUCCUUAUGGGAACUACAUGCCAUAUAUGCCCCAAGGCUGGCCCAUGUACCCACCCCCUAGUAUGCCAAUGCCACCACAAACUCCUAUGGAUGACUACAGUUCCCCUGCCGUAGAGCGACCCUUCCUGAAAGUAAUUAAUACAGGGGCAAAUGAAGCUCAAGGGAUAGAUAAAAAAGGAUCAAAGGUGGACCCAUUACAGAGCAUGACGAUUGCAUGCAGUGGAAACGAGAGGAGAGUCAUUGAAGAAAAGAAUAAUGCCAAACAAAAGCAAAAGGUAACUGAAGAGCUUGAAAAGCUGAAGAAGGACAGAGAAUCCAGAAUGAAGAAAAAAGAAAGUCUAAUAAAAGAAUUGGAGACACUGCGAAAGCAGCAAGGGGAGCUCCUAAGGAAAAAGCGAAGGGAGAAAGAUGGUCACAAGGAUCCCAUCCUUAUGGAGCUUGGUCGUCUUCAAGAGGAUGUGAUGGCCCAGAUAUCCAGUCUGCGCACUGAACACGAGGCAGCAGAGAAGAAGUAUGAAGAACUAGUGAAGGUUGCAACUAUCCUGGGUCUGGACCACAAAAACCUUAGGAGCUCUGGGGAACAUGAGCACGCACCUGCUCAUAGCAAGUCUAAAGAGCCUAGAAGCCCAGAGAAAUCAAAAUCUGCCUCCAUCACGUCCACCGCUCAGGGUACCAAGGCACCAGCCCCAGUAUCCAGCAGCAGAUCGGAUUCAUUAACUGAGAUAUUUGAGUACUAUGAUGCAGGAAACCACUGGUGCAAAAACUGCAACAUUACUAGUGGUUCCAUGUUUGAUUUUUUCACACACUUGCACAGCAAAAUGCACAGAAAGACUUUAGAUCCCUACAUCAGACCUUGGGCAUCAAAUUCCGAGCGUGAGAAGACACGCCCUACAGGCGAACUAAUUUCUAAACCAGCAAAAGGAUCUGAAUUUGUGUUACCUGUGAGGGGAUUUUUCUGCCAGUUGUGUAAAGAGUUUUUCGGUGAUCCUAUUUGUGCAGAGGCCCAUGUUAUAUGCCAUGCGCACAAUGAGAAGUAUAAGAAACAAAUGUACGAGAACCCUCUUUAUGAACAACGGAGAAACCUGGAUCGCCAAGCUGGCAUGGAGAGUGAAAAAAAGCAGCCUGAACACAAACGAAAGCGUGAAGAUGAGGAUUCCCAGGACGAGCAGAAAAACUCCAAGUCCAGCAAAGAUCAAGUGAAACAGCCCAAGUGCAAGAAUGAAGACGAGGAUAGACCCAAAUACAUCAAGGAAGAUGAACGAAAAGGAAAAUAUAUCAAAGAGGAAGAGAAUAAACCUAAAUGUAAGAAAGAGGACAUUGAGAGGACCAAAUGUAGAAAAGAAGAGGAGGAGAGGACACGGUAUGCAAAGGAAGAAGUGGAGAGGAACAAGUUUAAAGAGGAAGAGAGGUACAGACAGAAGAAAGGGGAGGAUGAGAGGUACAAGUCUGAAGAAGAUAAAUAUAGAUACAGGGAAGAAAAUCGGUACAAGUACAGAGAAGAUAAUGACAAGUAUAGAUACAGGAAGGAAGAUGAAAAAUAUAGGUAUCGGAAAGAGGAUGACAAGAAAUUCAAAUAUGGUCAUGACACUGAGGAAGACAGGAGACCAAAAUUCAGGGAAGAUGAGGGUUUAAAGUUGCUGAAAUCGAAAUGGGAGGAAGAUGAUGAUGAGGACGAGAGGCCCAAAUAUGGGAAAAAGGAGGAUAAAAAGCAACACCAAAAAGGAGGCCACAAAGAUGAAAAAGAAAAGUGUUCUUUGAAAGAUGUUAAGAUUGACCCUGAGAAGCUUAGUGAUCUCCCUAAGGUUCUGUGUGGGCCGAGUCCAGCCAUGCUUGCAAAACUUCGCAAAAAGAGUGAGGAGGCCACUUCGCGUACUUCCUUUGGAAAAUUCACUUGGAAAAAGCCUGAAAAGACUGCACUGGAGAAGGAAGCUGAGAAAAUUGCAGAGCAAUUUAUAAAGGAAGAUGAGGAGAGUGUUGUAGCAAGUAAAGACUCUGAAGAUCAGGAUGCUUUUGCCAAAUCUGUGGCUGCUGCCAAGAGUAUUGCUAUCAAGCUGUCGGGUAAAACAUCUAUCGCCCCUUCCCAAGAAUGGGUAGCCUAUAACCAGAUUAAAAUUCGUCCUAAUUUACCCACCCCUUCUAAUAUUCUGAGGAAGUCCAAUGUUGGGCCCCAAAACAAACCGGGUUCUGCUGACACAGCCUCCUUAGCUGUACCAGCCAUAGAUGCAAGCAACAAGUCUUCUGAAACUGUGAUAAAAAACCAGGCAGAGAAUGAAGACGUUCUGCCAGUUGAUUUAAUCUCUAAGGCAUUUGGUGGUGAGGAGGUCCAAUUGGAAAUUCCAGGUAAUAACUCAGCCAGUCUUGCAUCUGGUUCUGUCUCUGUACCAACUACUUCAGCUGUAACUGUGCCAUCAUCCACAGUGCAGGAGGUGGAGGCUGUCGAGGUAAAAGCGCCUACCGAAUGUAUGAUUACUCUCGAGUCUGAUGUAGCUGCUCCUGGAGUACCCAAGGAGGAACACAAACUAACAGUCAUGGUCCGUCCUCCUCCUCAACUUCAGACCCUCAGUAGCUACUCUUCUUCAAAAACAAACAAGCCCAAAACAAGUCUAGCUGCAGCGAAAGCAAAAGACUUGUUUGACAUUUUCUAUGGCAGCAGCACUAUGGCUAGCUGCAGUGGUUCUAGUGCUGGCAAAAAGGUUGAUUGUAAACAAGACUCUAAAGCUGAUUCAGGAAGUUUGCUGACCACUGUAGAUAAAGAAUCAACAGAGGUGCAGGAUCCAAACAUUAAACUCGUAGCUGAGGUCUCCAGCUUGAAGUGUGACGAGCCGUCUGAGGACAGAGGAGCACAGUCUGAACCACCAACUUUUGAUCUUGAAGUAGAACCACUUGUGGAGUCAAAAACUGAAGAGCAUUGUGGAAGCAUGGAAAUGGCAACAGAUGAUUGCAAGAACGAAGCAGAUUCUCUGGACUGUUUAGCCAAUUCAGAAAUCAUGGAGAACAUUGAGCUGAUGGGAUCAAAUGAUAACCAAAACCCUCUGGACUCUGAAGAGGCGAUGACUCUUUCGUUCUCCCCACCGCCAGGUUCUUUUACAGAGCAACUGAACUUGGACACUUUUGAGUUCAGUUUUGACCCUUUGUAAAGAACCUUCAUCCAGUAGGUUUAGGGAUGUGUAUGAAACCUAUGAAUGUUUCAGUAACAUUGAUCUGAAAACUUUUAAUUUGUAUUAUUUGGUUCAGAUGUUUCACGUAUCUUCUUAAACUUUUUGGCAGGUAAUGCCAGUGAAAUGGUGGACUGACAAGCACUCAUUCUGAAGGAAAGGAGAUUCCACUGAAAGAAUGAGCAGUUUCUCAACAAGUAAUGAAUCAUUAGCAUAUGUAAAAUGUUUCACAGUUCUUGUUAAAAUACAGGGUUUUGAACUCCCUGCUUUUUCUUGCUUUGUUUGCAGCUGAAACUGUUCCUUUAAAAAAAAAAAAAGGUAAUGUAGACCAUUUUAUAUAAUCUGUUUGAGAGUGAUAUAAGUUCAAGUCUAAAUCCAUUAAUCCUUCCACUUAAGUAAAUCAAAGAUAUUUUAAUGCAGGAGCCAGAGAGAUCCAAGGUCAGAAGAGAAAAAGAAUUGGUAUGGAGCUCACGCUACAAGGACAAAAUGUCUUGAAAUACAUUUGAACUUUUGUCCAGCAUAAGUUGUUUUCUCUUUACAGCUCUUGUGAGAACUGAUACACAUCUGAGAUUAUGGUCCUGUACCCUGUUAGUUGAAAUAUUGUACACUGUUAGUUUCUAUAUUACUAUUGGUUGUUCUGUAGUUUUUUGGUGUAUAAGGUGUAGUUCAAAUAAAUUUCAUUGACCUCC